AUGUUACCCUAUCAAGCCGUCGCCAUGGAUUAUGCUGGCUAUCCACGUCAACAAACACCGGGUCAUCCCGGUAGCCACAUGGCACCCAUGGGUUCAUUGGGUAUGCCGACGGUGGGCGCCGGAGCAUUUACCCAUUCAUGGCUAGUACCAACACAAGAUUUGUGCGCUGUGCCUUAUAAUAAAAUGCCAAAUCAACAUCAUCAUCAGCAGCAUCAACCACAGCCAUUGGAACCAGGAAUUCUAGAACUGCGCAAAGAAAAAUCCCGCGAUGCAGCCCGCUCCCGACGCGGCAAAGAGAAUUUCGAAUUCUAUGAAUUGGCGAAAAUGUUACCAUUACCUGCAGCAAUCACCAGUCAAUUAGAUAAGGCUUCGAUAAUAAGACUGACCAUAAGCUAUUUAAAAUUAAGAGACUUCUCCAGUCAUGGUGAUCCACCAUGGACCCGGGAACAAAGCACCAGCAGCAAAUUGAAAAGUGCAGCCAUAAGACGCAGCCCCGCCGUUGAUUUAUUCGAACAACAUCAGGGUACCCACAUAUUACAGUCUUUGGAUGGCUUUGCCUUGGCCGUUGCUGCUGAUGGCCGUUUCCUGUAUAUUUCGGAAACGGUAUCCAUAUAUUUGGGUUUGUCACAAGUCGAAAUGACUGGCAGCAGUAUAUUUGAUUACAUACAUCAAGGUGACCAUGCUGAAAUUGCUGAACAAUUGGGUCUGAGUUUAACAUCGGGUGGUAUAAAUGGUACAGGAUCAUCAGCGGGUGCGGGUGGCAUGUCAUCGCCACACUCAGGUGGUUCGGAUGAUGGCAUUGGUUCACAUGGUACCAAUAAUCCAGAUGUUUCCGGUCAAAUGACCAUGAACUCAAAUAGCGGCUACAAAGGUUUCGAACGUUCAUUUUGUGUACGCAUGAAAUCCACCUUAACCAAAAGAGGCUGUCAUUUUAAAUCUUCCGGUUAUAGGGCUAAUGACCAAACGGCCAGUGGUGGUAAAAAUGGUAAAAACAUGGGCACCAAUUAUUCGGUUGUACUAUUAUUGUGUAAACUACGACCGCAAUAUACAUUUUCCCACACAAGAAAAUCUCAACCCCCACUAUUAGGUAUGGUCGCCUUGGCCAUAGCGCUGCCACCACCAUCUGUGCAUGAAAUACGCUUAGAAUGCGAUAUGUUUGUGACAAGACUUAAUUUUGAUUUUCGCAUUGCCCACUGUGAGCCAAGAAUAUCCGAUUUGUUGGAUUACUCCCCGGAAGAAAUGGUGGGCAAAAGUAUGUAUGCCCUGUGCCAUGCUGAAGAUGCCAAUCGUAUGCGAAAACAUCACACAGAUUUAAUUGAAAAAGGCCAAGUCCUCACCGGCUAUUAUCGGCUAAUGAACAAAAGUGGAGGCUAUACCUGGAUGCAAAGUUGUGCCACCGUCGUGUGCAACUCCAAAAAUGCCGAAGAACAAAACAUCAUCUGUGUCAACUAUGUGAUCAGUAAUCGUGAAAAUGAAAACCUAAUUUUGGAUUGUUGCCAAUUGGAGCCGAGUAUUGAUAACAUCAAACACGAAGAUCUAUCAAGUUUGGAUAAAAGUUCAGGUUCACCCAGUGGUGAUCCAUCAUCAAGUGCAAUGGAUAAUGCUGGUAGUCUUAAUGGUCUGACGGGAGCAGAAACUAAAUUGGCAUCGCCAAAAACUGAACCCGAUAGCCAACAACAACAGCAGCAACAACAACGAUCCCGAGGACGUAACGCCAAUAAUGCAUCAAACAAUAAUUUGAAUUUAAUUAAAGAUAGUCCCAGUACACCAACUGUUGUGGGCACUUUGGAUGAUGGUUCCGUUAAUAAUUUACCCACCACAGUUGCGCAAGCACCCACACCGGCACCCGCAACAACAACAAAACGUAAACGUAAGAGCAAAGUAGUACCGCAACAGACAGAUGUGGAUGCAAGCAAUGUCACCGUUGAUCCGGUGAUUAGUGAACCAAAUGCCAAAGUUCCUGCUUUAGAUCGUGAUACUCCACGUAGUAGACUACCAUCGAUCAUAGAUGAUAGCCAGCAGCAGCAGCAACAACAACAGCAGCAGCACCAACAACAACAACAGCCACCAACUCAACCGCCUCCAAUACAAAAUGCUGAAUCAUCCGUUAAGGAUUUGGAACAAGCCAUGUCAAAACAUCUGCCUUCGCCCGGCAGUGCGGCUGGUAAUCCUGUGACCAAUACCACCGAUUUCAGUACGGAUUCUCUGCUCAAACAACAACAGCAACAAAAUGACAAAAACAGUACCAUUCAAUGGAUUGGAGCACCGCACUAUCAACAACCAGCACCACCAAUGCCAGCCACAGCUUUGCUACGGCAGAUCUAUGCAAAUCGUGAAAGUGUCAUAAGGGCCACAGCGCGGCAAACGCCUACCGGUGUAUUCUAUGGUGACCAACAGACUGGACCCCUACCCACACCACCCGGCAGUGAGUCGUCCUAUGAUAAUCAAUACAUCCAACUACAUGCACAUCCCCAAAAGACUUCUACGGAUGCCUUUACCAACCUGGUGUCCACCUACGGAACUUAUCAUCACAGUUCCAUCGACUAUCACAAUGCCAUGACACCGCCCAGCUCGGUAUCACCACGUGAUUCAAAUAACUCUUUGAAUGCUGGAAAACCUCCUUCAUCGGCGACAACACUGACCACUCUAAACGGUAGCUAUGAAUAUGUUGAUCCACUGAAAUCGCAAUAUCCAUCGACUAGUACCAGUGCAAGUGAUGUUUCGUCACCACUUCCGCUUAAACCUCAACCCUACUCGGCAACAGCUGCAAUGCAUCACACCAGUACUACGGCUGAUGCCACAAGUGGCUUGACCUAUAGUAAUUUGGAUCAGCAGCAAUAUUUUGCACCGCAUUCCAGUUUUCAUUUAUAUCAUAAGGGAGCUCCGACAAGUGGUUGGUAUUCAACACCCUCAUAGGUCGACCUCAACAAUCAAAAUUAUGAUGUAAC